AUGCCUGGGGCUAUCGUGGCUGGCGAGCAGGUCACAAGCUGGCUGUCUCCAGAAGAAAAACAGUUCUUGAUCGGUCGACAACGAUUUGCGCGCUUUGAUGAGAACAAUCGUGGUGAAAUGGUUAAGGAACAAGAUGGUUUCUCCUGGAAUGCCGCUCGCAGCGCCUUCCGUUCUUUUCAUACAUACGCGGUCGCAGCAAUUGAGUUCACGGUGGCUGUUGUCGUUUACGGUAUCAGCUUCGUGCUACCUACAAUUGUGGAGGAUCUAGGAUAUUCAGAUGUGAAGGCCCAAGCGAUGACAGCGCCGCCUUACGUCUUUGCAUGCAUCGUUACUAUCCUCUCGGGUGUGGCGGCGGAUCGGUACCGCACUCGUAUGCUAAGUGUGGCAGUUCCGAACAUCAUGGCUGUUGUUGGAUUCAUUGUUAUCAUCGCAUGCGUGCGGUAUUCUUCUGUUUCAGGUGUGACUUACUUCGGUAUCUUUUUAAUGGCAGGUGGUUUGUACCCGAUCUCGCCAGCCGUGAUGGCGUGGACUGCGCUAAACAUGGCUGGUUCCAUGAAGCGUGCCGUUGGUAUGGCGUUGAUGAUGUCUAUUUCACAGCUUGGAGGGAUCGUUGGUUCCAACAUCUUUAUCACAAGUGAAGCCCCUACUUACCCGGUCGGGUUUGGCAUUGGCUUAGGAAUGCUGGUCGUCUUUGGUGUUAUCUGGCCUGUUAUCUAUUAUUGCAUAUUGAAGCAGACCAAUGCUCGACGAGCUAGUAUUCCGGAACAGGAGGUGCUUGCUCGUUACACGUAUCAGCAGCUCGCCGCUAUGGGUGAUGAGAGUCCACUCUUCCGAUAUGCUCUGUGA